AUGCUUAUUUAUGUUUAUAUCAGAAUCGAACCGUUACACCCAUACCUUUAUAAGCAAACUAAGAGGAGAACGAGACUGGCCGAGAGGCGCUCGCAGGAAACUUCAAUAUCCCAUUUCGUGUGCGCCUGCAACCUGGGGCCUCCCUUUUUUAUUUGCUUCGUUCUUCUUUCUCCCCUUGCUUUUCCUUUUGUUUAUUUUCUUUCGUCUCCUUUCCUCCUUGUCUCUUUCUCUAUUUCCUUCUGUAUAACGCCAAGGGGGGAGGUAGUAAUCGUUGGGGCGGGGAUCGCAGGCCUUGCAACGGCCUUGGCUCUAAAGAGGGUAGGUGUUCGAGCCCUGGUGCUGGAGAAGUCGCCAGAGCUCCGCGCCACUGGUGCAGCCAUCAGCAUCUUAUCCAAUGGAUGGCUUGUUCUCCAUCAUCUUGGUGUUGCUCACAAGCUCACCUCCACCUCUCCUCCAACAUCGAAGGGAUUCGUCACCAAGGUCGCUAAUGGAGCUAUUCAAGAAGUUUCUUAUUCUGGGGUUCAAUUGAUUCAAGGGAAGAAAUAUGAACAUAGAAUUGUCCACAGGAAAGUCCUGUUGGAGUCGCUAGCAGAAGAGUUACCCCCUGGAACCAUCCGUUUCUCCUCAAAGCUCAUCUCCAUCCAUACCCACAUAACACAUGAAGGCUUUUCCAUUGCCACUCUGCAACUAGGUGAUGGAACUAUCAUCAAAUCCAAGGUAAAUAUGAUGAAGACUCAGAGCCUAAGAGGUUCAAAUUCUCAUAUUUUUCUUAACUUGUGUGAAAUUGAAAGAAUCAUUUGUACUAUGGCCAAGGCCCAUGAUAGAUGAUAGGUCUUGGUAGGGUGUGAUAUCGCAUUCAGUGGUGGCGCAGUGGUUGGGACUCAAGGCUCCAGUGCAUUCAGGCGGGGUAGUAGUGCGUGGCUUGGCUGUGUUGCUUCAGGGCCAUGGAUUUAAACAGGAAUUCCAACAGUUCGUAAAACCUGGAUCAAGGGCUACUUUUGUUCCUACAAACGAUAAAGACCUUUAUUGGUAUUUGAAUUAUCAUUCAAGCUCCACAGGCAAGUCAUCUUUCCCCAUUUCUCAGUUCUUACUAUGGCAGGUCUUGUUAUAACUCUCUCAUGGUGAGAGGAAAUGCUGUUUACUACAAGCCAACUUGUUUUGAAACAUUACUAGGUGA